AUGACCACAGCUCCUGUAAUACCACUGGUAUGGGGUGGAGGCACUCAGCCCUCCAUCCGCGAUCCUAACUUGCAGCCUUCUGUUUCUGACAUUCAGGCUCAACUGAAGCCAGUGAGAAUGUUACUGGUGCAGGUGCUUAUUGUGGCUUCAAUUUGGUCAUAUGGAGCUGCACAAGUACAACUGACACAAGAUCAGCUAUCCAUCACAAGGAAACCAACUAAAACAGUAAGAAUUGACUGUAAAGUUUCUGGCAUCAGUAUUGGUGAUGCUUUUAUACACUGGUAUCGACAGAGACCUGGAGAAGCUCCGGAAUGGAUACUCUACUUUAAGACACAAACUGAUAAAUCAAAUUUUGACAAAGAGAAGUUUAGCGUGGACAAAACAAAUGAAAAAUCCACCUGUACCCUAACAGUAGACAAACUAACCUACAAUGACAUGGCUACUUAUUACUGUGCCUGCUGGGAUCGCACAGUUUUAGAAAGCCAUAGACAAACUGUACAAAAACCUCACUCUGUACAGCUGAAGAUCUGGCCCAUGAGUUUUUGCAAAGCUCAUGAACACAGUGAGAACAAUGAUAUCAAAGUCUUCGGCUCUGGCACAAAGCUCAUUGUUUCAAGCACACCAGCACGUUUAAAUGACACCAUGAUACAGGUCCUGCCUCCUUUUACUGAACAAGAUGGGAAAGUAUCCUACAUGUGCUUCAUUAAGGAUUUUCACCCAAAUGUUAUUAAGGUGACUUGGGAAGAUCAGAACAAGAAUGAAGAGAAAAAUGGAGUGCACGAGGAAAUUUGGCCCCCUGAUGACAAUCAACAGUCAUACUCAUUGAGCAGCUGGCUGACCAUAGAUAAAAAUAGUAGCAAGAAUUAUAGCUGCAAAUAUCAACAUGAAAUCAAAGGAGGUUUUGUCCCCACCAAAUCUCCAGACAAACCUGUAGCGUCUCAAACCACAGGAGGUUGUAGCCAAAAACCUGAAAACGGCACCACGGUUAGCACAGAUAUUACAGACAGUUUCAUACAUAGGACGGCAUCUUUAAUAUACAUUGUCCUUCUCCUGAAAAGCACCAUGUACUACGUCAUCGUACUCUUCUUCAUAUACAGGAUGCAAAGGCCAAUCAAGCGCCGGGGAAAAAAACCUUAAACUUCUCCUUACACCUUCCAACGUCAGCAUUUGUGUCUGAAAUAUACUUUGCUUUGCCAUAAGCCUGAUCAUAUGAAACAUCUUGCUCUAAAUAUUAAGACAUUCAUUUCAAUUUGAUUUUGUUGGUUAUUUCUCUAAUUAGCACAGAUGGCUUCUUCUGCUUGAGAGUGAACAGUUUUAUGUGUGACCAUUUUUCCUAUUUUAUUAUUUUAAUUUUGUAACUGUGGAACUUCAAGGGCUGAGGCUACACUCCUUGAUUUCAAUAGGAAUUUUGCACCACAAAGCCAUGCAGAAUCAUUCACUUAGGCUCUUAACCUGCAAAAACACUUGUGCACACAAAGAACUUUUUCAAUGUGGAUAGGCCAACUGCACUCAGUGAAGUCCCAUAAAUACAUCUCUACCUCGAUAUAACGCUGUCCCCGGGAGCCAAAAAGUCUUACCACGUUAUAUGUAAAACCGCGUUAUAUCGAACUUGCUUUGAUCCGCCGGAGUGCACAGCCCCCACCCCCGAGCACUGCUUUACCACUUUAUAUCAAAUUUGUGUUAUAUCCGGUCGUGUUAUAUCGGGGUAGAGGUGUAUUUACAGGGGUGGAGUCCUAAUCUGUAACUUAAAAUGAUUUGUCAUUUCAUUUCUACUAAAUACAUUUAUUUGCUUUAUAAAACAAAAACUGGCUUCUAAAAUAUGACUAAUUUUCUUUAAGUGACAGAUUAAUGUAUUUAAAAUAAAA